AUGGGCCCUCAACGCUCUGGAGCCAUCGUGCUUGAAGUCACGUGUGUGCCUGUGCAGCGGAGCAACGGGGACUUGUCGAUUCCCAGGGAUGGGCUGGUGAAUGAUUCCAGUGCACCUCAGGAUGGUACAGAGAUCCGGCUGGCACAGCAGCUUGGCGGCACGUUGAGGUCUCCAGAAUGGGGCCUCUCAGAGCAGAACGGAAAGGUGGUGAUUCAGAAGGUGGGUCUACGGCGGUGGAUUCUCACGGACGAUGGCCUGCUGAUCCUGGAGAACCGACCGGAAUUCGCCCUCUCGGUGGCCGGGCCCAUCGAUGCAGGCGCACAGCUUGGGCUUCAGUUCCACUACUUCACGCCCGACCACAAGAACUCAUGGCAGAUGGACCCCAGUGGCCGCAUCUCGCUGCGGCACACUCCGAGCUUUAGCCUGGCGGUCUACAAUGGGGCUCUCCAUGGCGGGGCAGAGGUGGUGCUUUGGAACGACCCACUGAGCAUGCCACACAACACCUGGACCCGGCAGGCGCCCACCUCGGGCAGCCUCAGCAGCACCGAUGCCUGUAAGCUGCGCGUCCUCGGGAGCCGCUGUGGCCGGGAUAGCGGUAGCUGGUUCUCCGGGCCCAAGGACUAUCAGAAGGGCUACGUCGCGGUGUCGCAGAGCCCGGACCGGGAUGCGGCCACGGAGUCUUCUUGGGCGAAAGUGGUGGACCAUUCCCACAGCUCAGAAAUCGCCCACUUCAUCAAGGAACCUAAGAUGGGCUCGGCCUUUCUGUUGAAGUUGAUGGACCCCACGGGCAAGACCGUGCAAGGAUAUUUGUCUUGCGAGGAGGUCGGCAAAGACGACAAGCGGAUUCCAGAUGGAGUUUUCGCCUAUGUUGUCAAGGACCCGGCCGGUGCGAGUAUGUUCGAGGAGGAGAUGUCCAGUGAAGGCUUGGUCUUAAGCCACGUUGGAGGCGGUGGACACCUGUGCUGUGGCAAAUUCAACGAAAAAGACUAUGUGACCGGCUGCACUUGGUUGUACGUCUUGAAAGGUCAGCCUGAGUGGGCGGCGGCCUUCGCUCCGCAAUCUACUUAUGUGCCAGCCGCUGGCAAGAAGGAGUCUUGCUGGAAGUCUUUUUGGAAGCUCUACUGCCUUAAGUGGAUCCCGCAAUGGUACCGGAGGUGGAUUCUUUUGGGAUGCUUUCUUUUGGGCCUCUUUGUGAUCUUCUGGACCAUUGUGUGGUUCGUCCGUUUGUUUCAGGCUCCGCCAGAACCGUUGCAGAUCAAUGUGCCUUACGACUGCGAUCAUCAGCCUGAGCACAUGUGGUCGCAUACGAAGAAGGCCUGGUGCUGCGAACAUUGGGACCAAGGGUGUCCGACCACCACGGUGAAGCCGACCCCGGCCGCGCCCAAGUUCCCUAUGGCUCCGGGAGCUGCUCCGACCGCACCGGGCGUGGGUGGGCCGCCGGGCGGGCCUGUGGUGAGCAGAGCGCAGAGCUCGGAUGAGGACUGCUUUACUGAUGUGUUGAACUGGCAACGCGACUGGACGAUCAGCAAGCAGAAUUUCUGCUGUGAGAAGCAUGGGAUCGCUUGCAGGGCUGCGCUCACCACGGCCGCCUUUGACUGUGAUGAAGACUAUCACAAGUGGACAGAGUUGUGGUCCUACCGGAAGAAGCUUUAUUGCUGCCUUCAUCACGAACGUGGCUGCCCCGCCAAGGGCGAGGCUGAGAUGGGGUCCUCCGAGUCCUUUGAUUGUGCCGCAGGGUAUGGUGAUUGGGAGGCCUGGGAGCAGAAGAAGAAGGAGUGGUGCUGCUAUCACGCUUCGGUGGCUUGUCCUGGAACACCAUCCCAAAAAUAUGAUUGCGCCCAGAACUACGAGAACUGGAUGCAUGAUUGGUCCGAGGGCAAGAAAGUGUGGUGCUGCUUUCACAAUGGCCGGGGCUGCCGCGACUCAAACAGCCAAGGGUAUGAUUGCGAUGCCGGAGUUCAAAAUUGGCAAGUGGGGUGGUCCAACAGCAAGAUGGACUAUUGCUGCCAAACCCGUGGGCCCGAGCACUUCAACUUGUUGCAGCAAGAUCGAUUUGUCGUCAACAUGUUGUUGAUGAUGAUUCAGGUGGUGGAUGUGGCCUCGAUUGCUGCACAUGCACUGGCACAAGCGGCCACGGAAGAGGCGCUUGAAAAGUCGCUAUCACCGCAGGAGGCGCCGAGCCGACGGAGGGCAAGAACAGAGCUGGAAUCGUACUACUUGGGCACCACGCUCAGUUGGUCUCAUGCACCAUCUAUAUCUACCAUUCCAUAUCCAUUGAAACCUGGUCGUUCUGAGAGCAUCUCUUCCACCUCUCCGUCCUUCUUCCCGGCCGCGCCGCCCAUGGAGUGGCUCCGCCGCACGGCGCAGCGAUGGGUCUCCAAGUCCAUGGAAAAGGACGGCUCCCUCUUCAUCUCCCAUGUGAACAUCAUCCCGAAGAUGGCCGAAUGUGACUGCCUGGCGCUGCAACUCCCCAACGACCCGAAGCAAUUGGCCUUGGCCGCUCACAGCCUGGGCGCUUUGGGGCAAAGCAAGAUCUCGUGUGUCUUCUUCAGUGAGCUACCUUCGUCUCAGGCCGCUGAGUUGGCCUUCGGCUUGGGGGAGGAGACCCAAGUCGUCACGGUCGAUGAGGACAUCGACUGGAAAGUGCUCUUCGAAGGGGUCGGGGCACCGAAUUGUCGUGCGCCGGUGGUGGUGGCCAAUCUGCCGGUGGCUUUGGCGGCAGAGGGGGUGAAGCAGCUGCAGGAGCUGGGCCACUCGGUGCUCUACGCCGGUGCCACGGAAGAGGAGGUGGCCGCUGUCACCGUCGCCACCAUCCCCGCAGCCUUCCUCUUCAGCGGCUGUGAGGCAGUGCAAGAGGCAGCUGAUGUGGUUCUUCUCAGCGACUUCCUUGGAAGCUUAGCCUUUGCCAAGCGCCGCUGCGCGGCGGCGACGGCCUCGCCGGAGAAGUUCGUGCCACGGGGUGGUGCCAAAGGGGUCAAUGGGGCGGCAGUCCUAUGGCAGUCCCAUGGAGUGCUCUUCAGCCUUUGCCCCAAGUGCAGUCCGCCUGUCUGAGAGCUCUCCGUCGGAUCCGUUUCUGCGGAGCGAUGAAGCUUGAGGACCGGAAUUAGACGUUUGCUGUAUAGACACAUGUAGUUUAAAAACACACCCGUGGGUCAUAUGGUCAAUAUGGUCAUACUGCUUUGAUUAAACAUAUAUGGUCAUAUGAUGUCAUAUGGCCAUGGGUCCUGGCACCCGGAGCCCCUCCUGCGUUCGGUCACUCGC